UGGCAAGGAAGGGACAUGUACCUGCUCUUCCUCGACGUUUGUUCAUUCUGUUCUUCCCUUCGUGGUUUUUCUUUCUCGAAUGAAGAGCUUCGAAACUUGUCCCUUUCUGGACAUGUUGGAUUUGACAGUCUCCCGGACCAGCUGGUCAAUAAGUCUACUUCUCAAGGAUUCUGUUUCAACAUCCUGUGUGUUGGUGAGACGGGCAUUGGCAAAUCCACAUUAAUGGACACUUUAUUCAACACCAAAUUUGAAAGUGACCCAGCUACGCACAACGAACCAGGUGUCCGGUUAAAAGCCAGAAGUUACGAGCUUCAGGAAAGCAACGUACGGCUGAAGUUGACCAUCGUGGACACUGUGGGAUUUGGAGACCAGAUAAAUAAAGACGACAGCUACCGGCCCAUCGUGGAGUACAUCGACGCGCAGUUCGAGGCGUACCUGCAGGAGGAGCUCAAGAUCCGGCGCUCGCUCUUCAGCUACCACGACUCCAGGGUCCACGCCUGCCUCUACUUCAUCGCCCCCACCGGCCACUCCCUGAAGUCCCUGGACCUGGUCACCAUGAAGAAGCUGGACAGCAAGGUGAACAUUAUUCCGAUCAUUGCAAAAGCCGACACCAUCGCCAAGAACGAGCUGCACAAAUUCAAGAGUAAGAUCAUGAGUGAGCUCGUCAGCAACGGGGUCCAGAUAUACCAGUUCCCCACGGAUGAGGAGACGGUGGCAGAGAUCAACGCGACCAUGAGCGUCCAUCUCCCGUUCGCAGUGGUUGGCAGCACGGAAGAGGUGAAGAUCGGCAACAAGAUGGCCAAGGCCAGGCAGUACCCCUGGGGUGUGGUGCAGGUUGAGAACGAAAACCACUGUGACUUCGUGAAGCUGCGGGAGAUGCUGAUCCGCGUGAACAUGGAGGACCUGCGGGAGCAGACUCACACCCGCCAUUACGAGCUGUAUCGGCGCUGCAAGCUUGAGGAGAUGGGCUUCAAGGACACGGACCCCGACAGCAAGCCGUUCAGUCUCCAGGAGACCUACGAAGCGAAAAGGAACGAAUUUCUGGGAGAACUUCAGAAGAAAGAAGAAGAGAUGAGGCAGAUGUUUGUAAUGAGAGUGAAGGAGAAGGAAGCGGAACUUAAAGAGGCAGAGAAAGAGCUCCACGAGAAGUUUGACCUCCUGAAGCGGACCCACCAGGAAGAGAAGAAGAAGGUGGAGGACAAGAAGAAGGAGCUGGAGGAGGAGGUGAGCAACUUCCAGAAGAAGAAGACGGCGGCUCAGCUCCUGCAGUCGCAGACGCAGCAGGCGGGGGCGCAGCAAACCAAGAAGGACAAGGACAAGAAAAAUGCAAGCUUCACAUAAAGCCUGGCAAGCCAAGGACGGUCCCGCAUUCACCUGCUUUUGCAGUAAUAUUGUAUCUCUGCCAUGUGUGUCCUUUUGUUUUAUUUCGUUAUUUUUUUUUACCCUUCCCCAGACACCAGUAACUAUUAACUCAUUUUGCUGAAUGUUGUUGGGUAGCGGAAAAUGACAGAACAAGAGAAUGACACCAAAAGCUGUGUGCCGCUGGACUCUGUUUCUGGAAAGUCAAUGAUUUGCCUUUUAUGCCUGUUCCGAGCAGCGGGAAGCAUGCCUGUUGCUUGUGUGCCGCUUGGGACCGGGGGCCGGCGGGUUGCUGGCUCCGUGUACGUCUGUCGGGAGAACUCGUCACCGCCUCAGCAGCCGAGCGCUCGUCCCGAUGCCCGUGACGGCCGUUUGCUCUUCUCUAUUCCUCACCCCCGGUGGCAGGAGCCCACCACCCACUCUGCCCCUCCUCCGUCCCCGCCCCAGCCGAGGUGGCCUCCUGUGCAGGUGGAACAGGGGCCGGCUGUCAGGACUGUCACUCCUGCGUGGGAUUCUCCUUAUUACGAUAACAUUGUUGGACCCGUGCUGGGGGUCUCUUCAGACCAUCCCCUCUUAUGGCUUUAAACACGUGUCCAAUCCCCCCCUCUCCAGUCUUGGCCAAGUUGGACCGCAAUGAGAAAGCCCAUUGUGUUCCCUUUUAUCAGCACGACCUUGAACCUGUCCCCGUGGGGGAUCUGCAGGGUCAGGUAGUGGAACGUGGCCAGAAGCUGCGUCCACGGGAGGACGAGCUCCCACGGCCUCCUGCGCUCGCAGCAAGCGGCGCUCGCCCUGUCCGUGGCGGGGCCGGCUCAGGGCUCGGUGCUGGCUGCUGAUCACGCUGGGCCCUCGUCGGGGACAAGGCAGGUAGGAAGUCUGUGACCAGCUGGUGUCCUCUGCAGCCCCACUUCUGGGGGCCUCGCCCAUUCCUGGGGGCAGAGAAAGAAGGGCCAGAAGGGCUGGGGUUUCAGGUCCGGCUGUCCCAAGGGUCUCCUCCCCCUGUCUCGGCGCUGCGGCGCGCCCGUGGCCGUGGCCGCAAGGGUCAGGGCCGCCCAGGAAGGCCACGCAGACCCCAGACCACACUCGGAGGGAGGGGGUGUGUGUCCCCGCCUGUACCGCCCCUUCGGGGGCUUGUCCCUUGUCCUCCCGGCCUGCCCUGCUGCUGACAGCCCCGGGGGCUGCGGGUCCUCGCCCGCGGCCGCUGCCCUGAGCCACCCCCGCUUCCUCCGGCCCCCGCCGGCCACACGCGGCGUGAAGGGGACAGACACGCUGGGACCCCCGGACCCGCACGCACCCUCUGUGGUUUUUGUCACAAGCCUCUGGUUGAUUCCAGCAGUUUCGUUCCUUGUCUUCAUGCUUAAGCACACGCUCGGGGCAAGGAAGUGAGCGUCUCCCCGGACCCAGGUCCGCCCUUAGCCGAAGUCCGGAUUCGGUUCCGCUGAAGGCCGACCGGGCCAGGCUCGGAGCCGCGGGCUGGGACCGCGAUGGCGGCGCGAAGGCCCCGGGGGGAGCCCCGGCCUCGUCCCGUCGUCGUGCUUGUCGCGCGCCCGGCCACUGGGCACGUCCGCUCCCGCGAGGCUGACCGGGCCGUGGCCGCGCCGAGGCCUGACGCCUGUGUCGUGUGCGCUCCGGCUGCUGCUUGUGUGUGAGCUGUCUGUGCCUUCUAACAAAACAGCUUCUCGGUUCCGCAGUGGUCCCCGCAAAAUGACCGUUUUUAAUGCAGUGCUAAAGCCUUUCUCGAAAGGGAGCCUCGCUGCGACUUUGAUCCCAAGAUUGUUGACGGAUUGAUCCCCCCAAAGAAAAUUGUCACAACAAAAUAAACCACAUGGAGAGUCAGGGAAUAAAAAGUCAAAAGAAAGUUCUAGAAGCUCGCUCUCCCCUUUUUUUUUUUUUUAAACAGCGUUGCUUCUGAACUCUCUGCCCCGCGCCCUGGCCCUGUUGGGUUGGUGUUGCUGCCCUUCUCUUCUCUUUGUGUCUGUGCCUUUCUUCACAGUAGUCCUUGGCUCUGCACGGAAUAAAUGAUACCCUCAAAGCUAAUUGGAUGUGCUUUCACCUUUGCAUGUAAGUACAGUACUAAGAAAACUUGGAGAACUUUCUGACUUUUUGAAAUUAGAGAAACAAACGGGAUAGAUGCCCCCCCCCCCCUUCUGGAGGGAACGGGGGAGGGAAGGUUAGAGUAGCCUUUGUUUAUGACGAGAAAAAGGAAACACUAAAUAUAUUUAAAAUAGCCACAUGUGUACCUUCCCCACAGUAAAUACAAAUUUGGCUUUCCCUUGAUGCCAUGUGGAAGUCAGAAGUUCCUGUUCCAGGCUGCGUUUCGCACCUGUGGGCAUCCCUGGACAUUCCAGAAGGUCCUCGGUUCUGACUGUGGAGUAAAACUAGAAUAAGAAAUGACCACCUUCCUUUGGAGAAAACCAAGAGGGAAAUAUUUUUUAUGUUAGGUUGCUUAAUGUUUUGAAGAUCUCGGUUUGAUGGUCUUUCCCUCCCGCUGACCGCUGGCCGUGAACACACCUUUUUUUCGGCUAGACAGCUCUAGCUGGCCUCUCCCUGUAUCUUCUGCUCAGCCACAAUGACCAUUGCUUUUGGAUUUUAGGUCCGUGUAAUGGUUGUACGUGCCGUAGAAUGAUGGAAAAGCACGAGAAUUUUCUGGCAGUUAGGGACUUUGUUUUCCCAGCUUAGGCUCCUCAUUAAUUGGUCAGAGUUUUGUCCAGAAAGGGCAUCUCAACCAGGGGAACAUUGAAGGUCACACUGGGCACAGGUUCCUUAUUGUCUUCCUUCUCUGCUUUGUAAUCUCACCAGCAAUAACACUUACUCUGCAUUCUCGUGCACCUCAAAUGGACGGACUGGGUUUCUUCACUUUCUGACAUAGUGUUGCACACACACACUGUUGAAUCUGGGUUUCAGCUGUUACCGACCCGUGUCCUACUGUGUCUCGUGUGGUCCUUCCAAACCCGUCCUUUUAGAUCUCUCUGCUUUGCCGUUUGCAAGUGUCUGAAAUCGUCAAGUCUCAGCUUCCAGAAAGUCUUGGUUCCACUGACAGGGUCCAUAUGCGAUGAGUUUUUAGUGGAAACUGUAACCUACGAAGUCUAGAUUUAUGUAGGUCUGAGGGAAUUUUUUAAAUAAACGAAAAGCUGUGAACAGCAUUAGAACUUUGUCUAUUUCUUAAUUUUAAAAUAUGCUGAUAUGCCUUAAAUUGUAGUUGUAGGUCACUGUCAUUUUGCUGUUUGAAAAUAACCAGUGUGUUUCUAGAAGUGUUGUGUAACCUACUUUUGGUGUUAAUGCAGAAUUGUUUUAUGUGUAAGCUGCAUGUUAGACACUUGUCUUUUUUAAAAACGAAAAUAAUUGUAUUGAUAUGAAGUAUACCACUUUUUAAGUACGAAAGUAGUCACGUAGCAACCAUGCUCAGUAAUUUGGCGUCUGUUAAGGUAGGAGCAUAAUGAUGGGCAGGUAAUCUAUGCAUUUAUCACUAGUGCCAAGACACAAUGUGGGCGAAAAUAUAUUUUUACCCAAACAA